CGCGGAGGGGCGGCCCCGCACAUGGCUCGGCUGCGGCCCGGCCCCGUUCCUCCGGCACUGAGCGGGUGAGCGCCCGGGGCCUGCGCGCCGCCCUGCGGGGACGAUGCAGCCGGGAGCCGCGCGGAGCAGCGCCGGGGGCCGCGCGGAGUGAGGCGGCCGCGGGCCCGAGCCCCCCGGCGGGGGGAUGCUGUCCCGGAAGAAGACGCGCACGGAGCUCUCCAAGCCGGGCGAGGUGCAGGGCAAGUACGUGAAGAAGGAGACCAGCCCGCUGCUCCGCAAUCUGAUGCCUUCAUUUAUCCGUCAUGGUCCGACCAUUCCAAGGCGAACUGAUAUCUGCCUUCCUGACUCGAGUUCUUCUGCCUACUCUGCUGGAGGGGAUGGAAUAGUUUCUAGAAACCAGAGUUUCCUUAGAACUCCAGUUCAGAGGCCACCUCAUGAAAUAUUGAGGCGAGAAAGCAACAGACUAUCUGCGCCUUCCUAUCUUGCAAGAAAUUCGGCUGAUGUCCCUCGGGAAUAUGGUUCUUCCUCCCAGUCCUUUUUAACAGAAGCUAACUCUGUUACAGAAAAUGGAGAUGCUGGUGCCCGCUAUUACUAUGAUUUUUAUGAUGGUCAAAGGAGGCAUCAGCUAAGUGAUCGUGUACAUGAGAACUAUAGAUAUUAUGAACAUAACAAUGAUCUCUUCCAAAGGAUGUCACAGAGUCAAGGGAGGCAUACUGCAGGCAUUGGCAGGAUUCCUGCUACAUCACUAGGAAAUUUAACAAAUCACAGUUCUGAAGAUUUACCUCUUCUUCCUGGCUGGUCAGUGGACUGGACUAUUAGAGGAAGGAAAUACUACAUUGAUCAUAACACUAAUACAACUCAUUGGAGCCAUCCACUUGAGCGUGAGGGGCUGCCUCCUGGAUGGGAAAGAGUUGAGUCAGCAGAAUUUGGAGUGUAUUAUGUAGAUCACAUCAAUAAAAGAGCUCAGUACAAACAUCCCUGUGCUCCCAGCGUUCCUCGUUAUGAUCAACCUCCACCCGUGACUUAUCAACCACAGCAAGCUGAGAGAAGCCAGCCCCUUCUAGUGCCUGCAAAUCCAUACCACACUGCAGAGAUUCCUGACUGGCUACAGGUCUAUGCCAGGGCUCCUGUAAAAUAUGAUCACAUUCUGAAGUGGGAACUCUUCCAACUAGCUGAUCUAGAUACAUACCAGGGAAUGUUGAAGCUACUCUUCAUGAAAGAACUGGAACGAAUUGUUAAACUGUAUGAAGCAUACAGGCAAGCCCUUCUCACAGAGCUGGAGAACCGCAAGCUAAGGCAGAAGUGGUAUGCACAACAACACGGCAAGAAUUUUUAAGCUAACAGUUUUUUUAAAUGGAAUUUCAAUGAGAACACUAAGAGCUUUAAAAGAUUUUUAUUUUUUUUAAACCAUGAACAAAUGCUUUGGUUUAAAAGGCAGCUUAUUUUUGUUGAUGUUGCACCUUUGUCAUUAAUUAUCCUCUUGAAUGUUUUUCUACAUAUAUAAGGUAUUGUUUAUAGAAUGAAAAACAUGUUUGUUAUUCUUUUUCUGUACAAAAAAGUUAGUUUAUUAUUCUGGUAUCUCCUUUUAGCAGAGAGCUGUAUUAAGAAGCUGUCUAUAUAUUUUUACAUGGUGAUAAAUGCAAAUAUAAGGAAUGUCCUGGAUGCAAAACAAUGUUUUUAAAAUCCAAAUUAAUAAGUUUAUUUCCCUUCAGAUGCCCUGUGUGUCUCUGGGGAGAGUCUGUUCUUUGUGCAACAUCUACACUAAGAUGUUUACUGCUUUAAUGUACAGAAACACUGACACUGUUAUUUUACAGUAACACUCAGUAAUAUUACUAAAUAGUGCAGAAGCAUAGAUGUUUUUUCCCCAAUCGGAACAAAAUGCUUCAUUGAUGAAGUAUGAGGUGCCUUAUAUUUUUUACUAUGUUAUAUGCAUCGUAUCACUUUAGAUUUGCCAGCAGUCUGCACAGAACUUUGUCAUGGGGCAAGAUAACCUGCAGCCUCUUCAAAACUAAGGGCCGGUCUGCAGUUCAAAGAUACCUCUACCUCGAUAUAACGCUGUCCUCGGGAGCCAAAAAAUCUUACUGCAUUAUAGGUGAAACUGCGUUAUAUUGAACUUGCUUUGAUCCACCGGAGUGCGCAACCCCGCCUCCCCUCCCCCCCUUCCCUCCC